GGUAAAUAGCGGUAUUUCUGACAGCACUGGAAGGCACCACAAGUCCAUCCUCCCCAUCAGCAGUCUGGUCAACAACAUUUCUCCUGGAAGACUCACCAGCAAACUUCACCGACUCUUUGCAUUUCAAAACACCGACAUGGAUGCCCUAAAGUCGGCCGGGAGAGCGAUUAUCCGGAGCCCAAGUAUGGCGAAACAGUCCUGGACUGCCGGCAGACACCGAAAGCUUCCAGAGAACUGGACUGACACACGGGAGGCCAUCGUGGAGGGCAUGACCUUUAACCUCCGUCACCUCGGCAUGACGCUAGUGGACCAGCCCAAGGGAGAAGACCUGUCGGCCUCGGCAGUAAAGAGGAUCGUGGCCACGGCUAAAGCCGGUGGGAAGAAGCCUCAGAAGGUCGCGCUCAAAGUUUCCCCUCAGGGAAUCAUCCUGUACGACAGCUCCACCAAUAAGCUGCUGGAAAAUGUCUCCAUAUACAGAAUAUCCUACUGCACGGUGGACAAACUGCAUGAUAAAGUGUUCGCUUAUAUCGCUCAAAACACCCUCAAUGGGACCCUGGAGUGCCACGCCUAUCUCUGCUCCAAGAGGAAAGUGGCUCAGGCCGUGGCUCUGACAGUGGCCCAGGCCUUCACAGUAGCUUUUGAACUCUGGCAAGUUGCCAAAGAAGAGAAAGGGAAACGAGCGAAGUCUGGUUCAGCUGGAGAGGCCAGCAGUAGUUCCCAUUCAGAGAGAUCGAACAGCUUGGGGAGCCUGAAGGGGACAGAUGUUGCCACAGACAACCUAUUGGACUUCGAGGACAGUGUGAUCGUGGUGGUGGAGACCAACGGGAAUGUAGAGGAGGAUCAGCUGGAUAACCACAGGCCCUCUGAGACCAACAACAACCCGGCCUGGGAAAUAGAAGAUGGUUUGGAUGAAGCCUUCUCCAGCUGUGCUCUGGAUAGCUAUGGUUCAUGUCCAGACUGGCAGUGUCGCGUACUAACCCCCAGGUCCUGGACGUUGGGGUGACGUCCCAAGACCUGCUCACUGAACCCGACUGGGACGCCACCAACGGAAACUCUCCCAGCGGUCUCAGCCCGUUCGGGGACGAUAACUUCAGCUUCUGACCACCGCGACACAGCAGAGAGAAGACGACACACGACGGGAGGAGGGGUGUCUUUAUGUCUUCCUAUGAAGUAACGAGGCACCGCUGUGUGUUUAAGAUGAGGCUCCAGCAGGUCCAUAAGGGAAUAAGUGUUUGGCCUCCUCUCCUUGUUGUUGAACUCUCCACAUGGACAUUUGCACACCAAAGCAAUAAUAUCAUUUUGAAUGUUUCUGCAUCUGUCCUGUAAUACGCUGCAAACAUCCUGACGAACUUCACCACGUCGUCUUAUGUCAGCAUUUCUUUUUCGGUUGCUUCUAUUUGUAUAGUUUUGGCAUCAUAAUCUGUGUUUUGUAUGAAAUGUGUUUAGUUAUAAUUUAUAGAUUUAUAAUUAUUUUUUUAUGGAUGAAGAGUAGGAUUUAAAUCAGACUGAUGUACAGGCAUUAAUAAGAGCAGGACAAUCAGCCACGCUACGUCUUUAAGUUUCAGUGGAUGUAGUUGACGUGAGGAUUUGGCCUUCCACACUUUAGAUGUAAACUGAAGAUUGUUUUAUGGCUAAAAUUUGAAUACAGAGCUGGUUGUUGUAUUCAUGAACGAUUUCAGCGGCUCGUUCUAGACGGCGUGUUACAGGCGGUACUUUUUCAUUGCAGUGUAACAGCGUUGUGUUUUAUCAGAUUCCCUAGUGGUCAUUUCAUGUACAUUAUAAUCUACCAGCAUUAUACAGAAUUAAAAUAUAUUCAUGAAUAAUAAAUUGACUCUUUUGGUAUAAGUGUUAUUUAUUAACAAUGCAGUGACUACAUUCACACAUCAGCUGAAGAAUGGGGAACAUAGUGUUGGUAUUAAGGUUCAAAGUUCAUUAUAAGAUUUACCACAAGGUUGAUUUUAGUAGUUAUUGUGGAGCUUUUGAUUAUUACCAAUGUCAAAAAUCUACUUUUAACCACAGCUUUUAAAAUGUGUGUGUGUAUUGCUCCUAUGUAGGAGAUGUGUUGGUGUUUCUGGUGUCUGAGUGGGCUUGUGUCAACUACACGUUUGUUUAUUUGGUCCUUUCCAUAUGAAAUGACAAACUAUGUGCAUACUGACUAAUGACAACUUCGUCCUUAAAACAUGAGGGUGCAGUUUGUCUUUACCAGCAGCAGGGGGCAGCCCUGUACUGUACGAUCACUCUGGAGCAGUAUGUGAUGCUGGUCACAUCUUCAUCUCUGGACUAAGACAGUCAUUUGUUCUCUGCAUUGCGAGAUAAUAAUGUUGCUUUAUGUCUAAUGAGCACGUCCAUUUCCUGCUGC